CCCUGCUGAGUUGCUAAGAGCAUGUGCAACAAUACAGGAGCAAAAACAUAAAUCAGGGUUCAUGGCUUUACCUGAAGGUGAGCAGCUGAGAAAUCUCAGUUGUUUUGAAAAAGAUGACUUUGAGCCCAACUGGGUGAAAAUUGCAGCUGGUGGAUUUGGCCAGAUCUACAAGGUGAAGCACAAGUUAUGGAGAGAGACAUUUGCAGUGAAAUGCUGUUCAGCUGUGCCCUGUGACACAGAACUCUUUAGAAAUCUGAUGGAAGAAGCAGCCAAAAUGGGGAAGAUGGAGUUUCGAUUUAUUCUACCCAUUUAUGGAAUCUGCAAAGAUCCACCUGCCCUGGUGAUGGAAUACAUGAUAAAUGGCUCAUUAGACAACAUACUUUGUAGUCAGAAGCUCACAUGGUCCAAGAAGUUUCAAAUCAUCCAUGAAGUAACCAUGGGAAUGAACUUCCUGCAUUGCAUGACACCACCUUUGCUGCACCUUGACCUGAAGCCAGGGAAUAUUCUUCUAGAUGAAUACUUGCAUGUUAAGAUUUCAGAUUUUGGACUAUCCAAAUGGAAAGAGUAUUCAAGCAGAAUGGAACUUUUAGACCGAUCAGCUGUCAGAGGAACAAUUAGCUAUAUUCCUCCUGAAAUGUUUUUAGAGAAUAGUCGACCUCCUGGCACCAAAACUGAUGUUUACAGCUUUGCUAUUGUCAUUUGGGGAAUCCUGACACAGAGAAUACCCUACCCAGGGGCCAACAUAAUGACUGUAAUCUUCAAAGUAGCAGUAGGAGAAAGGCCUAGUCUGGAGAACCUCCCAGAGGAUAGGCCCUUUGAAUGUGAACAAAUGAUUGACUUAAUGCAAAGAUGUUGGGACCAGGAGUCAAAGAACAGACCAAGUUUUGCAGAUAUUGUUAAAGAAACUGAAGUACUCAAUGAAAUGAUAAAGUCAGUAGAUAUAGCACAUGGAUCUAAUGAUGAAGGAAAGACUCAUCAGCUUGUGUACUGCAAACAGUCCAGCAGCAUCAAAGAAGCACCACAAGUGGAGAAGGAGCCAGUGGCAAAGCCAGGUGAUGAACAGUCAGAAAACUUUAUCAUCAGUGUUUUAGCAAAAAAGGACUUUGACACAUUUAAAACCAUUGUCAAGGAAGAAGAUGUAUUUGUGAUUUACGAGGACAACUAUACCUUGCUGCACUAUGCAGUGGCCAGUGGAGAUUUUAAAACAGUGAAAGAAGUGCUGCAAAUGGGGGCGGUUGUUAAUUCCCAAAGUAUAAAUGGCUACACUCCACUAAUCACAGCUGCUUUGUAUCGACAUUUUGACAUUUGCUGUUUGUUAAUUGAACAUAAGGCGGAUGUGAACUUAACCGAUGAAGACAAAUGGACCCCUCUGCAUUUUGCAGCUCAAAAUGGAGAUGACAGAAUUGCUCGUCUUUUGCUAGACAAUCACGCCACAGUUAAUUCUAGAGAACGUGAUGGAUGGACACCUCUUCAUUUGUCAUGCCAAAAUGGCCAUGAAAAUGUUGUACGUGUUCUGCUACCUCGCAAUGCAGAGAUUGACCUGCAGGAAAAUGAGAACCGGACAGCUCUUCAUAUUGCAGCUUCCUACGGUCACAUAAGUAUUGUUACUCUUCUGAUAAAACACAGAGCUGAUUUAAACAAAAAGCAAAAUGAGAGUCAAACACCUUUGCAUCUUGCCUCAGAAAAAGGACAUUUUAGAGUAGCAAGACUGCUAGUUAAAAGUGGAGCCGAUGUCAACAGUCUGGAUAAUAAUAACUAUACAGUUCUUCACAUGGCUGCCUUAAAGGGACACAAUGGAAUAUGUAGACAUCUACUAAAACAUGGAGGCAAUCCAAAUUUGAAAACAUCACAAGGCUGGACACCAUUACACUUGGCAUCUUUCCAAGGGCGGUCUGCCACAGUGCGAUUGCUGCUAGAAAAUCAGGCUGAACUUAAUGCAAGAGGAGAAAAGGGUUGGACGCCCCUCCAUCUGGCCACUCGCUAUGGUAAGGAAGAAGUGAUCACAGAGCUCCUAAAGGCUAAUGCUGACCCUAACAUAGCAGAAGAUUCUGGCUGGACUCCGCUCCACUUCUGCACCCAAAAAGGAAGUUUAAUCAGCGUUCUUCAAUUGAUCCGUUCUCACGCCGAAAUAAAUGCAAGAAACAUCCUUGGAUGGACGCCUUUGCAUCUUGCCACUCUGAAUGGUAAUGUCUUGAUAGUCCAGGCCUUACUACUUAAUAAAGCUGACAAAACUAUUAAAGAUUUAUCUGGUUGUACAGCAGUACAGUUAGCAAUUAGAAACAAAAAAGAAAGCAUUUCAAAACUCUUUACUGAAGAUUCAGUUCCAGACUCUGAUGGCAAUUUUUCCACCAUUCUACAUCAGACUUUAGACCUACCUGUAAAUAAUCCUCCCAAAGCAUAAACUAACUUUUAAAAUCACAACACCAAUAAAUAUACAUAUAAAUUCAAGUUUUUAUUUAUAUCAUUUUAAACCAUAAAACAUUUGCAUGCAUUUACAAUAUGACAAGUCUAAUAUUACAUUAAUGAGGAAAGACUCAUUUAACUUGAAUAUACCAUACCAUACCAUACCAUUUUUAUUUGUUAAGCGCUUAUAAACACAGCAUUACAACUGACCGAAGCGCUGUACAGUUAAAACAAGCAAGACUAAAAGCAAAAUAUUAAAAACAAACAUUAAGAGAGAAUUAAAACAGAGACACUAAAAAAACAGGUCAGGGGACCCAAUAAAACAGAGAAAUAGCAAAAAGCAAGUGGAAAUAAGACAGGUUAAGAAUUAAAAGCCAAUGUGAAGAAGUGAGUUUUUAGGUGUGAUUUGAAUGUGGCGACUGAAGUGGCUUGCCUAACCACUAAAGGUAAGGAGUUCCAGAGCCUGGGUGCACAGACAGA